GAUCCCUCUGCUCUGUUGCCUUCCCUCCGUACGUCCCUACGCCUCCUCCUCACCUCCCUCCCUACAUUCGCUUCCCUAUGGGACUGGUCGCCUCUCUUCCCCCUCCUCCUGCCCACAUCCUCUUCCCCCCAUCAACACACCCGAUCCGACGAGCCGGAGGAGGCGAGCAACAACGGAGGGAGGAAGGAAGAGGCGGGGAGGCGGGGCGAGGAGGAGUGGGAGGAGGUGCGGUGGGUGGCGCUGGAGAUAGUGUCUUUGGUGCUAUCGUUUGAUGAGGCCACGCGCACUCGUGUGGGCUCCGCCUUGUGUGCUCUCACUGCCACACACCGUGCUCACUUUCACUUCCGCUGGCGUCAGCUGGCCACACAUGUGGAGGCGGAGCGGGCGCCCAUGUUCCUGCUCUCGCCUCUCCACUCCGCCUCACUGCAAGCCACCAUCAGCGAUGCAGAUGCCUCUGCCACACCAGGCACGGAUCCCAGCGGUGCCUCUGCUCCCUCCCCGCUUUCACCGCUUCAUGCCCCCGUGCUGACUACCUCGGGUGCUGGUUUCUCCUUUGACGGUGGCGGGGGGGGCGAGGGAGAGGCGGCGAGUGGAGGAGGAGGAGGGGGGGCGGGAGUGCUGACGGCAAGCAGCACGUCGCGGUUCAACACGGUUUCUGUGCUCGGAGUGGAUUUGCCUCAGCGCCCUGUUGGCAGAACCGCAUCGUCCUCUCCCCUGGCCUCACCGCAUCUAGUGGGCACAGCCAUGGCAAGUAGCAACCUGCAGUCGCUCCCCCCUCAUCCUCCCUCAUCCCCGUUCAUCCCACUAUCCCACCUUCCUUUCCCCCUCUUCCCCACUUCCAUCUCUCCCACACUCUCUCAGAACCGCAUCGUCCUCCCCACUAGCUUCCCCGCGUCUGGUGGGCACAGCCACGGCGCGCAGCAACCUGCAGUCGCUCGUGCUCUCGCUGUGCCAGCACCAGCCGCUGCUGCUCGCAGGACCCUGAACAUGCCGCCGCUUUCAAGAGAGAUGUUUGUCUGUUCAACAAAGUACCCCUUCGCCUACACCUCCCCUUCCCCCUCUGCCCCUUCCUCUUUCCAACUCUGCCCCUCUCCUGUGCCCUUCUCACCCCCUCCCCCUCUGUCCAUCUCCCCCUUUCCCCCUCUGCCCCUCUCCCCAUCUUCCCCCUUCUCCCGCUCUCUCCCGUCCCCCCCUCUCCUCCUCCCCACUCCUCCCGCCCACAGACAUGGCAGCAGCGCGGGGCCUGUGGGUGCUGCUAGAGAACAUCUCAGGGGCACCAUUCGACCUGCUGUCCUCGCUGCUGCCUCUCCUGCAGGACCGCUGCCUGCACCUACCCGGCCACUCCCAGUGUUACGUGUUGCCAUUCCCCACGCACCCCGGGCCCCGGCCCCUCCGUGCCUGCACUCACCGCACCGCUCCACACCGCACUCACAUCUGCCUGCCAUUGUUUCCCUCUCCCUCACUCCCCCACAGCCCUUGCAAGCAGCGGAUGGUUUUCAGAUCUUUGCUACUAAGGCCGUUGCUGCAUCCUCGUCCUUGCGCUCUUCAGCAGCGUCUGGAGGUGAGUCAGCCAAUGGACUCGCUACUGGCGUCUCACUUCCACACCGUGCACAUCCACCCACCACACGCCUCCAUGCUCUUCCUUCCCCCUAUCCUGUGCUGUCCUCUGUUCCCCCACACCCCCCCUUCCUUCCCCCCCUCCCAGUGGACUCGCUACUGGCAUCCCACUUCCACACCGUGCACAUCCACCCACCACACGCCUCUGAGCUGCCCACCAUCCUCACCUCCUCCUUUCCCUCCCUCUCCGCCCUCGUCCCCACUCUCCUUGACCUGGUUGAAGCUGUAGGGAGGGUAGCAUCCGGCGUGCCUCUCUCUUCCUCUCUCCUCCAACACCACCAGCACCAGCAGCAGCUGAUUGCAGCUGUUGCCGAAGCUGCUGCAUCAGGAGGAAUAUCCGUUCGAUACAGCCGCCAGGUUUCUCUGAGAGACACCAUGAAGAUUGCCCUUCGUCUGCACUCCCUGCCACUCCCCGCCUCUAUCCCCACUCAACCCACGCCUACAUUGGUCCUCCCACUCACUGUCCGCGAGCGCAUUUACUUUGAGGUGGUGGAUUGCCUGGUGGCGUGUGUGGCGAGUCCAGAGCAGCGCUGUGCGCUCAUGGCGCAUCUCGCCCUGCUCUGUGGCUUACCCACUGACUAUGCUCUGCAGCUGCACUCACUGUACCAGCCCACUGUUCAUGCUUCUUCCUUGGAGCUUCGAGUGGGCAGGGUUGUCGUUCCUCUGCGCCUGCACCAGGCGAACGACAGCAGUGAAGGGAACAGCAUGGCGUUUGCAGCAACGGGGGCGGUGCUGCGGCUGAUGGAGCGCGUGGCGGUGUGUGUGGGGCAGCGCGAGCCCGUGCUGCUGGUGGGGGAGACGGGCACGGGGAAGACCACCACGGUGCAGCACCUGGCACGCAUGGCAGGCCGAGGCCUCUCCGUCAUUAAUAUGAGCCAGCACAGUGACAGUGCGGACUUCCUGGGGGGUUUCAAGCCGGUGGAGCAGCGUGUGGUGUGCCUGGCGCUCUACCACUCCUUCACCUCGCUCUUCUCCAACACCUUCCCCUCCCAGCGCAAUGCGGAGUUUCUGCUGCGGCUGAGUCGUCUGGCAGCCAAGGGCAAGUGGCCACUGCUGCUCUCUGCCUUCCGUUCCACCGCUCUCAAGGUCGCUCACCUGCUUGCUCCUGCUCCGCACACGGACGCUCGUGCCCCUGCCUCCACUACCGCUCAUGCUCCUGCUGCUGCUGCUGGUACUGCUGGUGCUGCUGGAGCUGCUGGUGCUGCGGGUGCUGACAGUGAUGGUGGUGGCGCUACCGGCAGUGGGAGUGGUGAUGCUGGCGGUGGUUCGGAGUCAGGGAAGCCUGAACGCAGUGCCAAAAGGACCAAGAGGCUGGAUGGCGAGCUGGCGCAAGCGUUGGCACGCUUUUCCACGGACCUAGCACGUGCGGAACGCCAGGUAGCGGCAGCAGAGGCGUCCUUUGCGUUCAUGUCUUUGGCACAAGCAUGGGCGCGUUUCUCCACAGACCUGGCGCGGGCCGAGCGGCAAGUAGCAGCAGCAGAGGCGUCCUUUGCGUUCAUGUUUGUGGAGGGCGCGCUGGUGCGCGCGCUCAGGGAGGGCCACUGGCUGCUCAUGGACGAAAUCAACCUUGCACCACCGGAGACGCUGGAGAGGCUGAGCGGUGUGCUGGAGGGGGAUGCUGGUUCGCUCGCAAUCACCGAGCGAGGGGAUAUUGAGGCGGUUCCCCGGCACCCGGAUUUCAGGCUGUUUGCAGCAAUGAAUCCAGCCACAGACGUGGGCAAGAGGGACCUGCCACCUGCCAUCCGCUCGCGCUUCACAGAGCUGUUUGUGGAUGAAAUCACCAGCCGGCAGGAGCUGGGCAGUAUUGUCUUCAAGUAUCUGGAGGGUCUGCUGCCGUCCCCUCCUGUGGACGACAUAGUUGACUUCUACCUGGCUGCUAGACAGGAGGCUGAGGUGUCGCUGUUUGACGGGGCGAACCAGCGGCCGCAGUACACGCUGCGCACACUGGCACGCGCUCUGGAGUACGUGCGUGUAGCACUGCCACUCUACGGCUUCCACCGCUCGCUCUAUGACGGCGCUGCCAUGUGCUUCCUCACUCUGCUUGAUCGCGCCUGUGCGCCCACCAUGGAGGCCUUGAUCCACCGCCACCUCCUCAAGUCUGCGCCACCACUAAAAGUCUUACUUAGAGCGCCGCCCAGACCGGGCGGCAAGUACGAGCUGUUUGAGCAGUUCUGGGUAGAAAGAGGGUCGGAAAAAGGCGGGGAUGAGAACAUGGAGGAGAGGCAGGGGAGCGAGGGGGGGACGAGUGAUGGUGCAGGGAAGAAGGGUGAGAAGAUGAAUGGUGGUGCGAGUGGUGCUGCUGGUACGGCUGGUGCUGCUGGUGGUGCUGGUGCAGGGGCGAUGGAGACGGAGAGUGGAGAGGCGGCGGCGGCAGGGAGGGUGAGGGCGGAGGAGUUUGUGUCGACACCGAGUGUGAGGGCUCACUUGAAGAACCUGGCGCGUGCUGUGCUCGUGCGCAAGUACCCCAUCCUGCUGCAGGUGAAGCAGAAGAGUUGCUGGGUGUGCAUAGGUGGAUGCGUAUUCAUGGUGAUAAGUGUGUGUGAUGAUGAGUGUGAGGGCCCACUUGAAGAACCUGGCGCGUGCUGUGCUCGUGCGCAAGUACCCCAUCCUGCUGCAGGUAUGGUGCUGGGGCGAGUGGGUUUGCAUGGGAGGGCAUGGGUGCGCAUGGGUGUGGAGGCCAUUCAGAACUUGGCACGUGCUGUGCUCGUGCGCAAGUACCCCAUCCUGCUGCAGGUGAGGCAGGGGGCGAGUGGGUGUACAUGGGAGGGGCAUGGGUGUACAUGGGAGGGGCAUGGGUGUACAUGGGAGGGGCAUGGGUGGGGCAUGGGUGGGGCAUGGGUGGGGCAUGGGUGGGGCAUGGGUGGGCAUGGGUGGGCAUGGGUACGCAUGAAUUUCUACCUCUCGUGUCUCCCUUCCCUUGCUGUGUGUGCACUGUAUCACCCUUUAGCCACUUUUGUUCAUCUCCUCCUCUCAUGUCCGACUCUCCCUUCUUCUCUGCUCCAUUCCUCCACUCCUCUACCCCUCCCCCUCCCUGUUCUCCCACAGGAGUACCUAGGCACAUACAUCACAGACAAGUCCGGCCGCCUCAAGUUCCAGGAAGGCCCGUUGGUGCAGGCAGUGAGGAGGGGCCACUGGAUAGUUCUUGACGAGCUCAAUCUGGCACCAUCCGACGUGUUGGAGGCACUCAAUCGACUGCUGGACGACAACCGCCAGCUCUUUGUGCCUGAGCUGCAGGAGACAGUGUCUCCACAUCCGCACUUCAUGCUCUUCGCCACUCAGAACCCUCCAGGCCUCUAUGGAGGUCGCAAGGUGCUGUCGCGUGCGUUCCGCAAUCGCUUCCUGGAGCUGCAUGUGGAUGACAUUCCCCACAACGAGCUUGCUCUCAUCGUUGAGCGGCGCUGCCUCAUCCCCGCCAGAGACCUCAAUUCCACUGUGUACAUCUGUCCGUCCUCCACCACUCUGCACCCCCGCAGCUAUGCAGCGAAGAUGGUGGAGGUGAUGAAAGUCUUGCAGCGGCACCGGCAGUCAUCAGCCGUGUUUGCAGGCAAGCACGGGUUCAUCACUCCACGAGACCUCUUCCGAUGGGCCAACCGCCAUGCACACGUGAGUGACCAGCGCCGUGGGAGGGAAGGGAAGGGGAAUGCAGUGCCGAUGGCAUGUGUAGGCGGCUAUGAAGAGCUGGCACGGGACGGUUUCUACCUGCUGGGAGAGAGGCUGAGGGAUGAACCGGAGAAGGAGCUGGUGGUGCAGACUCUGAGGAAGAGGCUCAAGGCGGAAGUAGACAGUGCCUCGCUGCACCAGGUCGACCCAUCUACACAGCAGCAGCUGGCUCGCAUGCUGUCAGACGCACAUAGGGGCUAUGCCCUCGACAACUCCUCCUCCCCUCCCAUGCACAUUCCACUGGAUCCACACGUGGAGGCCCUUGCAUCGCUUGGGGGAAGUGUCGUGUGGACGAGGGCCAUGACGCGCCUCUUCAACCUCAUGCUGCGCUGUCUGCGCCACGGGGAGCCGGUGCUGCUGGUGGGAGAGACGGGCGGGGGGAAGACGACUGUGGGGCAGCUCGCAGCAGUGGCGUGCGGGCAGACACUGCGCAUCAUCAACUGUCACCAGCACUCUGACGCCUCUGACUUCAUUGGGGGGUAUCGCCCUAUGAGGGACAGGGAGCCUCUGCAGCAGCAGUACGCAGUAACCAUUGGAAAGUUACAGCACCUGCUCUCUGCUCUGCCCACUGGAGAGGCAGCUCCUGUGGAACCUCAGGAGAUAGGAGAACAGGGAGAAGGGGGAGCAGCAGUGAAGGCAGUGGAUGGGGAUGGCAGAUUGGAGGGGGGAUUGAAGGCAGAGCUUCUAGCAGGGCUUGAGGAGCUGUCAGAGGAGAUUGAGCAAGAGCCCAAGACUGCAGCAUCAAUCCGCACGAUGGUUUCCAGACUCAAGGCCAAGAAGCAGGCUGCAACUGAGGCAGGUGCGGCUGCUGCAGUGAAGGCUACAGAAGAAGGCACUGCUGCUGCAGCGGCAGCGGCGGCGGCAGAAGCAGAAGCAGGAGGAAGAGUCUCCGCGAAAAAACAACGGAAAAAGGCCGUGAAAAAGGCUGCAGAGGCAGAGGCAGCAGCGAUCGCGAAAGCAGCGGCGGCAGCAGCAGCGGAGGCCACGGUAGCUGCAGGAUGGAAUGAUGCAACGCAGCAGACGCUGGAGGAGCUAGAGGGGCUGCUGGAGGAAUUGGAGGAGGUGGGGGGGCACUGGAGGGCGCUGUUUGAGUGGGUGGAUGGGCCACUGGUGCGCGCCAUGCGGUGUGGCGAUGUGGUGAUGCUGGAUGAGAUAUCGCUGGCGGAUGAUAGUGUGUUGGAGAGGCUCAACAGCGUGCUGGAGACCAAGCGGACUCUGGUUCUGGCAGAGAAGGGAGGGCCAGAGGCAGAGCACAUAGUGGCACACCCAGACUUCCGCCUCAUAGCCACAAUGAACCCAGGAGGCGAUUACGGCAAGAAGGAGCUGUCCCCUGCGCUGCGGAACCGCUUCACAGAGGUGUGGGUGCCGCCCAACAAGGACAUUGACGAUCUCACCGCCAUCGUGGCUGACCGCUUCGCGUCUCCCUACCUAGCAGAUCUUGCGGGCCCCAUGCUCAAAUUCUGGCAGUGGUUUGAAGCAGAGGGCGAUGCAGGCACAGUGCUGUCAGUGCGAGACCUGCUCUCCUGGGCGGCGUUUGUCAACGCCACUGCUCACCUCAAUCCACAGCAGCAGCAGGAUGAACCGGACGAGGGGAAACCCGCAGCCAGCGAGGAGAAAAGGCCUGCAGCAGGCGAAGGAGUGCGCAUAGACAAGUGGACGGCGUUUCUCCACGGGGCCUUCUUGGUGUUUCUGGAUGGCGUGGGCAUCGGUCAAGGGCUGCCAGAGGACGUGGCUCAGACUGUCCGCGCUCGCAGCUUCAACCUGCUGCUGCACCUGCUGCCGCCGGAGGCCAAGGCAGCCGGCAUGCAAGUGGGCGUGCAGAGCAAGCUGAUAACAGAAGCACCCGCUUCAGACCCCUCUGCAUUAUCCUCUCACACUCCUUUGAAGCUGAGCCUGACAGACGCGCAGCGAGUCUUUGGCUUCUACCCCUUCUACAUCCCACGAGGCCCAUGUGCCACGGACACAUCAGUGCCGUUUGAACUGACAGCGCCCACCACCAAUGCCAAUGUCGUCCGCCUACUCAGAGCCAUGCAGAUCCGCAAGCCAGUACUAUUGGAGGGCAGUCCAGGAGUGGGAAAGACCAGUCUGGUGGCAGCUUUGGCUGCAGCAGCAGGGCACCGCCUCGUGCGAAUCAACCUGUCGGAGCAGACGGACAUGAUGGAUCUACUGGGCUCGGACCUGCCAGUGGAGGGCGGCAAGGGAGGCGAAUUCCGGUGGGCUGAUGGGGUUUUCCUGCAGGCCCUGAAAGCUGGUGACUGGGUGCUACUAGACGAGCUGAACCUGGCGUCACAGUCGAUUUUGGAAGGCCUCAACAGCUGCCUGGACCACCGAGCAGACGUCUUCCUGCCCGACCUCAACCGCACCUUCCACUGCCCACCCUCCUUCCGCAUCUUCGCGGCUCAGAAUCCCCUGCAGCAGGGUGGGGGCCGCAAGGGCCUCCCUAAGUCUUUCCUCAAUCGCUUCUCCAAGGUGUACGUGCAAGCCCUGGAGUCAGACGAUUUCAUAUUCAUCGCAUCAGCACUCUUCCCAUCAGUGCCCCUCCCGCUACUCCACAAGAUGGUGGAUUUCAACACACAGCUGCGCACGCACGCCCUCUCUCGCACCUCCUCCUUUGGCAUGGCUGCUAGCGGCGCCGGGGGACCCCUCUGGGAGUUCAACCUAAGAGAUGUGCUGCGCUGGUGCGAGCUCAUAUGCUCGCCGGGAGCUGCUGCUGCUGCUGCUGGGGUUAGUGCAGAGGAUGCGGUUCAGCGACUGGAAGAAGGGGAGGAAGAGGAGCAGGAGGGAGAGAAGGAUGGGGAGGAAGGUGGGGAGAGAAUGGAGCUGCAGUUGCAGCAGCAGCAGCAGCAGCAGCAGCAGCAGGUGCAGCAUCCGGGGCGGUUUGUGAAUCUGCUGUACAUUCAGCGGUUGAGAUCAGCGAGUGAGCGGCGCUUUGUAGCCCAGCUGUUCCUCUCUGUCUUCGGCCACCCCCUGCCCUUCGACCCGCACCCCUCUAUCUCCCUCACCCCCAACCUCCUCCGUAUAGGCAGCGCUUCACUCCCAAGAGCAUCCCUUUGCGCCGCCCCCUCCCUCUCCUCGUCCUCCUCUUCCCCUUCCCAACCUGCCCCAACACCCUCUUCUUCCUCCGCCAUGCUCCUCUCCUCCUCUCUCCACCUCCUCCCCGCCUCUGCCUCUGCGCUCGAGUCGGCUGUAGCGGCUGUAGCGCACAACUGGAUGGUGAUUCUCGUGGGGCCCGCAGCCUCAGGCAAAACCUCUCUCGUGCGCCAGCUGGCGCAGCUGGCAGGGAGGCGGCUGCGGGAGAUGCCGCUGACGUCAGCCACGGAUACGACGGACCUGCUGGGGUGCUUUGAGCAGAGGGAUGGCAGGCGGCAACUGGGGGAGGUGGAGAGGCGGGUGGAGGGUCUUGUGAGGGAGGUGGCUGCUGCUGUGCUUGCUUGCGGUGCAGGUAGUGGUGCUGGUGAUGCUGGUGGUGGUGGUGGUGGUGGUAGUGGUGGUGGUGGCGAGAUGGUGAGUGAGGUGGGGGAAUUGACCAGUGAAUGGUGGCAGUACUGGCAGCAGGCGAAGGAGAGGGACAGGCUGAACCUGGGUAAGACAGACAAAGCCGACGAGGGAGGAGAGGAAGGAGGAAGGAGGGGUGCGAGCAGUGCUGAUGCCGCUGCUUGUGACGCAAGUGGGAUGGCUCUGCAGGCUAAGGACACGCUUGCUGCACAGCUGGCGCAGUUUGAUUGGCUGCUGAGGAUAGUUGGGAAGGCCAGGAGCAUGCUGGUGGGAUUAGAGGGAGCAGCAUGUGGGGAAGAUGGAGAUGAGGCAGUGGAGGAAGGGGAAGAGAUGGAGGCAGAAGAGGAGACAGCAACCGCCGCAGCAGUAGCAGAAGCAGAAGGAGAAGGAGGUGGAGCGAGAGGAGAUAGUACCAACAGCCCUGUAUCCAGCCUGGUUGCUGCAGCGGACAGCCUAGCUGGCGCAGUGCAAGAGGCGAGGGGGGUGUGUGAGGAGGAGGGCAUGGCGCGGGCAGCAGGGCACUUUGAGUGGGUGGAGGGGCCACUGGUAGAGGCAGUGGUGCAGGGCGACUGGGCAGUGCUGGAUAACGCCAACUUCUGCAACCCCUCGGUGAGUCCGUCUGCGGAACCCAAUAUCAAAAUCGGCAUCAACCCAACGCCUUUCCCUCCCCAACUGCCACUUCCUCCGCACCCCACCCCACCCACCCCACUCUCCGCCGCAGUGGAGCCACACGGGCACCUGCUGGUGAACGAGCGGGGUCUCGUGGACGGCAAGCCCGUGCUGCUGCGCCCGCACCCCCACUUCCGCCUCUUCCUCUGCCUCGACCCGCACUACGGGGAGGUCUCUCGCGCCAUGCGCAAUCGUGGAGUGGAGAUCUUCCUCAUGCCCCCGGACUGGCCUAGCCCUGCCGUGCCGCCUCUGCUUCCGGCUCCUGUUCGCACUGGUUCUUCUGAGUUGGGGGCUGCUGGUGGUGCGGUUUCUGCUGUGGCAGGUGCUAGUGCAGGGAGGCAUGGUUUGUUGGAUCGAGUGGUGGUGGAUUCAGGGUUUGGGAGUGACUCUGCUGGGAGGGAAGGAGGGCCAGGAGGACAGACAGGUUCGGAGGUUCACGGGGGUAAGAUGGGUGUGAGCACUGGCUGGCAGGAUGGGAAUAGGGGCAUGGAAGGAGCAGGGAGCGGAGAAGAGAAUGAUCCAGCGGUUGAGAUUCUCUCCCUUUUGGAUCCUUCCGCUUGGAUUGCUGGUCGUCACCAGCGCCUGCCUGAGAAGCUCAUCUCAACCGUCCAUCUGAUCAUCAGAUCGGGGAUCGCUGGCCCUCGGUUGGUGGCCUGCAUUCUCCUCGCGCUUCUGCGCAUCCAAUCACUGGCUGCCACGUGGAAGCUUCCAGGUGGAGGCAUUGUAGCAACCCUCCACACCAUGCCAUCUCGCCUGCAUGCUGACAUCUCCCCUCUCGUCGCCAUUCUCGGCCAGCUCACAUCCUCAGAGCUGCUCUUCCAAUGGGACAGAAUCCUCUCCCGGCAAGAUCUUCCAAUCGGCACGCGCCACGUGGCGGCACGUGACUGGGCCUUGCAGCUGCCGGCACAGGUGCGCCUAUGGCUGCCCGAGUCCUGUCUAGACGUCCUAUCUCAACAAGGCAAGGACCGGGAAGAAGAAGAAGCUAGUGCUAUGGUGACUGCAGCGGGUGUGUCGGCACGUGCACAUGCACGGGGAGCAGUGCUGCUGCGCCUGCUGCUAGAGCUGUUUCUCGAUCGGAGUAUGUCCCUCAAAGACCUCACUCUUCGCCUGUCUCUCGCUCGCUCACACACCUCUGGCCCUGAUGCUACUGGCACCACUAAUGCUGCAACAGCAGCCGGUGCAGAGCUCAAUCGACUGAUCGGCUCCCUGUCUCCCCUAACCCUGCACCGCUGUCUCUCCGACCUCUCAUCCACACGCUCAGAGCUGCUCGCUGCUCUCUCCGUGCCUGCACCUCUUGCUGCCUCUUUUCCUCUGGAUGUAUCUGUUUCCCCUCAAGUGGCCGCUCUGGUGGCUGAUGCCUCCAGCACGGUUCUGCACAGCACGCCUGGGAGGUUCGGGAGUGGAGUGACCGAGGGUGUGAGUUCAGAAGGAGCUAUGCAGUUGGAUGGUGAAAUAGGAGUGCCGCCUGCAGUGCUGUGGCGCAAUGCAUCUGCAGCAGCCAACAGAGUGAAAGCCCUCCGUCGGUGCCUGCUACAGUGGUCGCUAGAGGACGAACUGAGCCAGAGGGCGCUGCUGGCCCAGGAAGCUUCCGCGCAGUCCACUGCGUCUGGCUGCUCUCUCCUGCACUUCUCGGGCGUGCCUGAACUGCAGCAGAGGGCGAACCAAAUUCUAGCAGCAUCAGCAACAGCAGCAACCAGUGCGAGUGGAGGAGGGGAUGGAAGGUCGCGGGGUCUGCUGCUGGUGGCUCCUUUCCUCUCUGCUCUCCGCCAGGUUGAAACAGCGCUGCUGGAUUGCCCUCCCCCACUCGCUCAUGCGCUGUGGGCUGCGGUAGCAGCAAAACGACAAGGCCCAGAUGAAGCAGGAAGAGGGAGCGCUGGCACUGGUAGUAGUACCGGUAGUGGUUCUGGGGGGAAAUCAAGGGGGGUGGAAGUGGAGGAGGAGGCGUUUCUAUCCGCGUUUGGAGUGGUGAUGGAGUGGCAUGAGUCUCUGUGGGAUUGCGUGCGGGUGCUGCAGACAGCUGUUCCGUUUGACCGCCUCGUCUUUGUGUGGCACAAGCUGUGCUCUGCUGCCCUUCGAAUGGCCAAGGCUGCAGCUAGAGCAGCAGCAGUGGCAGCAGUAGCAGCAGAAGCAGUAUCAGGAAAGUCAGAUGACGAGCUUGCAGCUGUGCGUGCUGUUGAAACGGCCUGGCAGCAGCUAUGCACCUCUAUGGCAUCCCUCAACAAUGCCUUUGCCUCCCCCAUCGCGCCACAACACGCAAUCCUUGCUGCUACUGCAGCCGCAACCACCGCUGCUCGUGCUCACUCUCACCCCUCUCUCCUUGCGUCUCUACUAGCUGAACAAGUUGUGUCAGCAGCAGGCAGUGCAGAGCAGGACAGGGUGGGGAAGAGGUCCCUAUGGAAGGAGGCAGGGCACCCGCUGCUGCCUGCCUCCCUGGCAGUGCUGCAGAAGGAUGCGGCGCUUGCCUCUGUGGUGGAUUCGUGGGUGCUUGCUCCUGCGCCUACCGCAGGAACAGGGCACGGGGAGGUGGAGAGCUUCAAGGCCGAUGACCAAUGGGAGUCUGCCACAUGGCCCAUGGCUGUGGACCCGUCCUUGCGGCGCAGAGCGGUGGAGGCGCUAGGGCUGCUGCGACAAAUCACAAUGCGACAGCGAGGCAUGGCAACACAUGCUGCUGGCAGAGGCACACGCAGCAGCAGUGGCAGUCCAGAUGAUGCAGAUACAACUGCGGCAGAUCUCAUGAUGGCACUGCAAGGCGAAGCACAGCAAGCCAGGGCCAUUGCCUGUCAACCCCUGGGCCCCUGUGACCUCAUUCCCACCCUCCCUCGCACCACCACCACCACCUCUGCCACAGCCGCAACAGCGGCUGCUUCCCUUUCUGAGCUAUCAGUCGACGAGCCAGCAGCUUUCUCCCCGCCUCCCCCAGCCCGUCUCUUCUCAAGCUCUCUCAUGAGGUGGCCUGGGGUGCGGCAGCUGUGGCUGGCGGUUCUGCCUCUCCUCUCCACCUCCUCCCACCUCCUCGCCUCUUCGCUUGUGGCAAGCCUCGUGCCACUGCUCCUCCCGGGGACAGAUGGCAAGCUGUCAUUGGUGGCCCUGAGCAAGGCCUCCUCCCCUGCGACAAUCGCCUCUCUCUUCCGAAGGCUCCUGCUAGAGUCCUCCCGCGCUCCUACCCAGCUGCUUCCAUUCCAGCAGCUGCUGUGGAUCCAAAGAGUCCCGCUGUCCACCUUCCUUCCAGACGAGCUUGCUCUCGCGCUGCGCUGUCUGCUACACGACUUGCAACUGCGCCUGCUUGAGAGCCAAUGGGAGUCCGCCACCUGGCGCCUGCCGCUGCUGCCACUGGGGAAGCGGGCAAGCAUGGGUGCUGACGUCGGACCAGCUGCAGCAGAGCCCCUCGCAUGGACAGCCACAUCAGGCUCUGCUCGCUUCUUCCAGGCCUCGCUCUCCCUGCUCUCUGCCUCUCUCAUAGCGGACAUGGGGGGAGCAGCAGGGGGGCCAUGGGGGGGAGGAGGGGCGACAGUGGCGGAGAGUCAGGUGCAGCGGGGGCAGCUGCUGCUAGCAGCGGCUGGGGUGGGGGCGCUCUGCAGUGCUCCUACAACCCCUCGCCUGGACCAGCACGUCUCCCUUGCUGUGGCUGCUCUUUCUCAGAUCAUAGCUGCUCACACUGCCUGCUUCCCAGAGUCCCUCCGCCCAUUGCUCGCUCAAGAGCUCUCCUCCAUCACAUUCAAGGGCCACAAGCUCACGGCUCAUGACAUGGAGCCUCUUUAUCGCCUCCUCGCCUCCACCUGCCCGCACCCUCUCGCUCUCUUCUCCGCCCACCUGCUGCUCCCCGCGCUCUCCUCCCUCACCGAUGCUCUGCGCGCCAGGGAGAUGCCCCGCACGCAGGAGCUGCUUCAGCCUGAUUCCUCAGAGGCCCUAGCUCAUCUAGGCAGUGCCUGGCUACGAGUGGGCUGUCUGCGGCUGCACCUGCUUCUUCCCCCAGGGGGAGUGGACCCCACGUCCAAGUACCGCCACGCACUCUCGCACUUGGAGCAGCAGCACACAGACCUCACACUUCAACUGAAGCUGCAUGAGUGGUUGGCAGCAGUGGGCACGGACGGCAUCACACACCACCAACGGGCCGCACAGGCCAUCGCCCAGCAACUGGAGGAGGUUUCCAGGAAGCUGUGGGCGGCACGAGCCAAGUCCGUGGCUCGCCCAGAGCCCUCGCCCUACCCGGCCUUCUUCCAGGAGGUUUCGCGCUUCCUCACGUGGACGGCAGGCGUGGAGCGCGUGGGCGGCAUCGUUCGGCAGUGCAUGGCGGUGGUGGCUGCUGGUUCGGGCGGGCAAGUGAACACGCCUGUGCGCGUUUCGGAUCUGGAGCUAGCGAAUCUGCUGUCUCAUGUGUCCGCUUGGAAGUCCUCGGUAGCAGCGUUCGCACAGCGCCUUCCGCGCAGCUUCCCGCUGCUGAGGGAUGUGGUGCAGCCGUGCCAGCUGGCGGCGUAUGAGAUGGUGCACGGCGCAUCGCUGCUGCUCUGCGCUGCGCUCUCCUCCGCUCUUCAAACCACCGACGGCGCUCUCGCGGCAGUCACCAAGUCUCUCCUCUCCUUCCCUCGAGCCAUUUCCAUCCCCACUCAAACUCAACCACCCACACCGACCCCAGCCAUCAAUGCCACCAGCAUCAUCAGCAGCAGUCAAACAGACCAGCCAGCAGCAGCAGCAGCAGCAGCAGCAUCUGUUGCUCCCUCCUCCCGUGCGGCUCUGUUUCUGCACAAGGACAUGUUUGCAGCUCUGCAUGCCCGUGCCAGCAGGUUCAGCGGAGGCAGCGGCAACCAGGAGAAGGAGGUGACAGCAUCAGUGGCGGUGGUGUCGUUGCUGCGUGCUGCACUCUUUGCAGUGAAGGAUGAUGUCACUCCAGCCGCACUCUACUCCCCUGCAACAGGCCCUGAGGCUCUGCAGGUCCUGGAGCAAUCCUUCGCAGCAUUCGUGGACAUCUGGUCUGAAAUGCGGGACAAGGAGCGGGAGAAGCAGGCAGAGGCGGAGCUGCUGUACAAGCAGCGCAGCAGCAGCACCACGACCACUCUGGAGCUGGAGGAAGACGAUGCAGAGGCGGAGGAGGAGGAGUACCGAGCCAUGUUCCCCACGCUCUCUGACCACUUUGCUGAUUUGGACGUCAAGGACCACGUGCAUGCUGACGAGGACGAUGCUCGUGCAGCGCGGGCCAAGAAGCAGGAGGAGGAGCAGGAGCGGCAGGAGAAGGAAGACGAGGAGGAGGAGGAGGGCAGGGGCGGGAAGGCCAUGGCAAUCGUAUGGAGGGCGCUCAAAGAGGAGGGUGGGCUCACAUCAGAGCUGGUGGACCUGCACUGCCGGCUCUUUUCCCCCACAGAAGACCUCACUCCGCACACAUGUGCCACUCCUCCUGCCCUUCCUUGCGCUGGCUUCACGGCUGCAUAUGACACUGCAACUCACAUCCUCAGAGUCACAGACGGGAUUCUCCCCUGCUCAGUGGACGAGGCAACAUCCGAGGCUCACUUCUUCCGCCUCUGCUCCGCUGCUAACGAGCUCUCCACAGCUCCCACCACCACUACAAGCACACCUGCUUCUGUCACACCUGCACCCGGGGCAGUGGAGCAACGGGCCAUUCCAGUCGACCUGAGAAAGGUGGCAUCACCAUCAGAGCUGGCGCUCAUGCUCCCACCGCUGCAAGCGCUCUUACAGCGCCUGCAGCAGCUGCUGGAAGAGUGGCCAGACAACCCCCUCCUCACCACACUCGUGCAGAUCGCCGCGCGCCUGCUCGCCCUCCCACACACCACGCCUCCUCUCAAGGCUUUGGUUGGGAUGGAGCUGCUUCUAACCAAGGCACAGAUAUGGCAGGAGCAUGCAGCAGCCCGGGUCUCCAUUGCACCGGAGCUGGGGGGCAUAUCGCGAGUGGUGAAGCGGUGGCGCAUGAAGGAACUGGCGUCCUGGCCUGCCCUGCUAGACGCCCGCUCCCGCAAGCACACCGCUGCUGCUGACAAGCUCUGGUUCGUCCUGUACGAUCUCCUCAUCCAGCCCUUCUCGCAACCUGAACCACAAGAAACAGCUGAUGAUACAGGCAAGCCCGGGCCUGACAGUACAGAUGCAGUUGACAGCAAGAGUGGAGCUGUGAAGGUUGCAGGCACGGCUGGUGCAGACACGAGCAGUGGCAAGGACGGGGAGAAGACAGAUCGUGUUGCUGAGGUGGCGCGAAGUCUAGAGGAUUUCAUCCGCUCGUCCCCUGUCGGCGAGUUCCCCCGCCGCCUGCAGAUGCUGCGGGCCUUCCGCUCCCACCUCCUCGCCACCCUCUCCGCCUCCUCCUCCUCCUCUUCCACCACCACCUCUUCUUCCUCCUCGCCUUCCCCUACUGCUGCUCCUGCUUCUGCCACUGCUUCUUCUGUCCCUUCGGCUGGUGCUGGGAAUGGCAACAAGGGGCCCACGGUACCAGCAGCAGAGCGUGCAGAAGAGGCGAGGGCGAAGGAGAAGCAGCAGCUCAUAGCAGUUCUUUACAACAUCCACAGCUACUUCGCACAAUACCUCGCACCAGUGACAGCAGCAAUGCGAGCAGCCCGGCGGCCGUUGGAGGUGGAGCUGCAGCAGCUGGUGGUGCUGACUCGGUGGGACGACCGGUCAUACCAUGCGCUCUCCAUGGCCUCCGAGAAGGCCCACCGCAAGCUCGUGAAGCUGUCAAGGAAGUGGGAUCAUUUCCUCAAGCGCCCUGUGGUGCACACACUGGCAGCAGCCUCUGCUCGCAUCGGGAUGCCAGAACUCACAGCCGUGCACACAGACCAAGGCAACGACGCUGCAGCCACUGCCGCAGCCGCAGCAGGGAGUGUGGGGGGCGCAGGUGGGGUAGGAGAGGCAGGGGCGGGAGUAGGAGGUGGUGCAUUGCAAGGGGCGGCUGUAAUGGCAGCUGCUAGUGCGGUGAAGGGGAGAGUACAGCGUGUCAGGAGGAGGCGUUUCCAGAGGAAGAAGGCUGCUGAGGUCACACGGCCACCAAGCUUUGAAUCAAUCUCUUCCGAUCUGACUGGCUACGUGGCGGCACAUGCACCUCUGCUUGCUCUACCUCCUCUCUCCUCGUCUGAUCCUGCUGCAUCUGUCAAGCCACAACCAGCUUCAGGUCGGUUAACCCUCAUGCCAACCCACCUACAUGCCCUGCCUCCCUCCUCCAUGCCUGUCCGUCCCCCUCGUGCGUUUUGCUCUUCCCUCGUAGUGUAUUUUGCAUCUCAAGGAGCCGUUUCUCUCUGUAUUUACAUCUCUCUGCCUCCCAAUCACCGUAGCCUUCCAGCCCUUGUCAAUAGGUUUGAGCGAAGAACCGAGCUGCAGUUCGGUUUGAGUCGAACUGGUGACAAGUUUGUUUUGUCACCACCACACCACCACACCACCACACCACCACACCACCACACCACCGCACCACCGCACCACCGCACCACCCCACCACCGCACCACUGCACCACCGCAACACCACACCACCACACCUUCUUACAAACACCUCUGCCUUCCUCGCACUCCAUCUCUUUGUCUCUCACCACCUCACUCCCUUCCUCUUCCCUCCCUUUCCUCCUCCUUUCUCCUCCUCCCUCUCCUUCCUACUCAUUCUUCCCUUUUCUCCUCCCUCCCCCUUCCUACUCAUUCAUCCCCUUGCUCCUCCAUCCUUCCCAUUCAUUCUUCCCCAUUCUCCUCCCUCCCCCUUCCCCCUCUUCCCUGACCCUUUCACAUGUCUCCCUCUAUCCAGCAGGAGUGCUGAAGCAGCUUCCAAUAUCCGCCCUGGCCUCUCGAGCAGCCUCUCUUCUCUCCACUGCCCUCUCCUCCCCAACCCUCCCCUUUUCCAACGAUCCCGAUACCGGUGCUGAUACUCCUGCUGCCUCCGGUGCCGUUGCCAGUUCUACUGCCACAACUGCCGCUGCUGCUGGUGGUGAUGGUGACGGGAGGUCUCCUCUCCCUGCGGGCACAGCAGCAGCAGACAUGGAAGCAGCAGAGACAGUGGAAGAUCUAUCAGUCACAGUCAUCUCCCGCUGCUUUGAGCUGCGGGCGCUGGGGGAGAAGUGGGAGCGGGAAGAGGGGAAGAGCAAGGCGGAAGCAGGUGGAGGGGAUGGGAAGGGAGGGGCUGGGAAGGGAGGUGCAGGAGGGGAGAAGAAGGAAGGAGGCAGUCACAGGGGGCUGGUUCGUGCAUUGAAGAAAAAGGCAGUGGUGGAUCUGCUCAGGACGCUGAAAGGCCUCGGUGUUAGCUCUAGACGCACUGCUGUGCCUGAGCACCAACGCACACCGCACUCGUGGUUCCGCCAGCAACCAACAGACGUUGAUCACCUGCUGCAGCUCAUAGCCUCACUGCAGCAAGACCAGCACCAGCCACAGCAGCCCGGGAAGGACAGCAAGCAGCUGGCCACGUCAGCAAACCCUCUGAGGGUGCGCCAGCUGGCGGAGGCGGGGGUGGCGACGUGGCAGCGUGCGAGUGGGUACUACUUUGGCAACAUGGCGCGGCUGCAGCGUGUGUGGCAGGCCGGCCAAUCGUUCCACAAGGACCUCACUCUCAGAGAGGUGACGAUAGCAACGCGCAUGUUGGAGCAUCUGCUGUUCGUGCAGACCUCUCAGCGGGCCACAGCGCAGACAGCAGCCUUGAGCAUCACUCGCCUUGCUUCCGCUGCCUCCACCUUCGCUGCUCUUGCAGCUCCCAGCACCAACACCGGCACCAACUCCAGCAGCAGCAGCAGCAUGAGCAGUUGGAGCCCCCUUCCCCCACAGUCACUCGUGGCCUUCUGGCUUUCGACCCAGCAGCAACUUGUCUCCUCUCUACUGGCCUCCCUCGGCGACCUCCGCCAGCUGGUCGCCUCUGCCGCUGCCACCUGGCACGAGCUGCCACCUGGCGCUCCAUCAGCAGCCUCAGCAGCAACAGCUGUGACACGUGGCAUAGAAGAUCUGACCAGACUGCAGGCGUCUCUCCUCUUCCUACAGCCCGCACCCACCACCAGCACGCCCGGCCUCCUCGCCUCCUCGCCUCCCACUCUCCUCCCACCAACCGCCCCCCACGUCCUUCUCUCCAACUUCUCUCACAUCAAACAAAUCUACCAGCACUUGCAGCAGUCUCUGGAAUGGAGUCUACCUGCUCCUGCCCCUGCUUCUGCUGCUGCUGAUGCUGCCGAUGCUGAUGCUGCUGAUGCUGCCGAUGCUGAUGCUGCUGCUGCUGCCGAUGCUGAUGCUGCUGCUGGUGGUGAGGGCAGUGAGGGUGCUGGUGCAGAAGCGGAUGAUGGUGCUGCUGGUGCGGAUUCCCUCACGCGAUGGGUGCCUGGAUGGAGGGUCCUGCGGGAGGCCUUCAUCAAGGCAAAUGGUGUGGCACUUCAAUGCAAGCAGAUCCUGGACCCGUUCUCCUCCACCAUAGUGCCAGCACAACCAGAAGAACAACCAACACCAGGAAGCCACGCCACACCACCUUCCACCGAAGCAUCUCCUACUCAAACCGAGAACACCACUACCCCUUCCCACACUGCCAAUCUGACUCCGGAGUUUGCAGCCAGCUUGACUGCGUUCCACUCUGCAUAUGACACAGCACUGACCCAGGUGCUUCUGGGGGUGCAGUCCCUCUCUCGCUCUGCAAAACAGAGCACUCAGGCCCUUGCAGCAAGAGAUGCAGAGGCGAAAGGAGAGGAGAAAGAGGCGGGGGCAGGGGAGGAAGGGCAAGAGGGAGAGGAAGAGUUGGUGGUGGAGGAAGGGAAGGAGGGUGCAGGAUUGGUUGAGGAUGGUGGUGGGGAGUUGGAAGGGGUGGAGGGGAGUAUUGUGGGGUGGAGCAAGGAGGCAGAGCGGCGAAUGCUGGUGCUGCGGCUACCCCACAUGGUGGCUGCUGUCGAUGCCGUGGUGCUUGCUGCCAGCUCUGUGGCUGAUGCAAACAGUAAGGCCAGUUCCAAUUCAGCAACAUCACAAGAAGCAUCAGCGGCAGCGGCAGCAGCGGUAACGCAGCGAAUUGCUCAGCUUCACGUGAUGUUGGAUCUAGUGGUCACGGCAUCGCUCCACCUUCUAGGAAGCUUCCUCUCGCUGCACAAAGCUGUGGCCAAGCUGACCCACGUGCUGGCGAAUCUCUUCACUGCUCUGUUCGUUGAAGGUUUUUGCACGCCAAAGGACGCUCAGGAGGAGGAGGCGGGCAAGGGCGCGGGGAAGUUUGAGGAGGAGGAGGGCACGGGCAUGGGCGAGGGGCAGGGCAAGACGGAUGUGAGCGAUGAGAUCGAGGACGAGAACCAGCUCAUGGGCACGCAGGACGAGAAGCAGGUCAUGUUUAAACCGGCUCAAAAGCACAUCGAAGAGGUGUAUCUCACUUCUCUCUGCAUUCCCACUUCUCCCUCCAUUCCCACUUCUCUCUGCAUUCCCACUUCUCCCUCCAUUCCCACUUCUCUCUGCAUUCCCACUUCUCCCUCCAUUCCCACUUCUCUCUGCAUUCCCACUUCUCCUUCCAUUCCCACUUCUCUCUGCAUUCCCACUUCUCUCUCCAUUCCCACUUCCCUCUGCAUUUUCACACCUCUCUUCCAUCUUUCUCACUACGCACCUGCCCUCUACGAACAUGAGCAGGAGGAAGGGGAGAAGGGCACGGACGACAAGCUACCCAAGGGAAUAGAAAUGCAGCAAGACUUUGAUGGGGAUAUGCAUGAUAUAAGCGAGGAUGAGGAGGAGGAUCAGGAGAAGGAGGAGGAGGGAGAGGAGGAACAGCAACUGGAUGAGGAGAUGGGAGAUGUUGGUGAUAAUGCUGAUGUGGUUGAUGAGAAGAUUUGGAAGGGGGAUGAGGAGGAGGAGAAGGAGGGGAAGAGAGAGAAGGAGAAGUUUGAGAAAGAUUCGACGAUUUCGGGGGCGCGGGAGGAGGAUUUGGAGUAUAGGGGGAAGGAUGAGGAGGAGGAUGAGGAGGGAGGGGAGGGAGGGGAGGAUGAUAAGGAGGGUGGGGAGAAGGAUUGUGCAAAGGAGGAGAAGGAGGAGAAAGGGAAGGAGGAUCAGCAAGCGAAGAAGGACGAGAAGGGGAAGAAGCAAGGGGAGGAGGAGGGAGACGGGGCAGAGGAGGAAGGGGGAGAGGAGGAGGGUGAGGUGAACGAGUGGCAGGGAGAAGGAGAGGAGGAAGGGGAGGAGAUGGAGGAAUCUCACGGGAUUACACCGAGAAAAGAAGAGGAGGUUCCGGAAUUAGACCUUCCGGAUGAUAUGGAGAUCGACGAAGGAGAGCAGGGUGGAAAGGAGGAGGGAGCGGAGGAAGGGGAGGCAGAGGUAGAAGAAGCAAAAGAGGCUAUGGGAUCGCACGGGAAACCACAAGUAGAGGAGGAGGAGGAGGAAGAGGAGGGAGAGGUGAAGGAUGAUGAGUGGGAUGAGAUGGAUGGGGCGAAUGAUGGCGCUGGUGGCGCUGCUGCUGAUGCUGCUGGUGGUGGGGAUGAGGAGGGUGCGCAGGAGGAUGGGGAGGAGAAGGGUGAGGGAGAAGGGGAGGGUGAUGAGGAGGAGAGGGAUGGUGAUGUGGAGAAGGAGGAAGGUGAGGAGGGUGAGGAGGGAGAAGAAGGGGAGAUGAGGGAUGAGGAUGGGGAGGGAGGUGAGGAGGAGGGAGAGGAGGGGGAGGAGAAAGAGCCUGAGAACAUGGGUACAGGUGCAGAGGCAGCAGUAGCAGAAGAGCAGAUGGAGGAGGAGAAAGACAUUAAGGGAACGAAAUCAGCUAGAGAUCAGCAGCAGGAUGGGAAUGAGCAAGUGGCUGGGGUGAGAGCUGCAGGUACUGCUUCUGUUGAUGUGAUGGGCAUGGAAGAGGAGGAGAAGGAGACGAAGGGGCAAGGGAAGGAGGAGGAGAAGGAAGAGGAGGUUAGGAAGAAGAGUGAGAGGAGUAUGGAGGGUGGGAAGGAGAGGAGGAAGGGGGAGGAGGGAGGGAAAAAGGAGAAGAGGAAGAAGGAGAAGGAAGAAGUGAACCCGAUGAGGAGCUUGGGGAGUGCUUUGGAGGCUUGGAAAAAGAAGAUAAGUAUUGCAGGUGAUAUGGAGGAGGAGGAGGAAGAAGAGGAGAAGGAGGUAGAGGGAGAGAGUGAGAAGGAUAAGGAUGCAGAGGGAGAGGAGUAUGAGUAUGUGAAGGGUGAAGAGGAGGGAACAGGGCAGGCUGCAGGAGCAGCGACGGAAGAGCAGAUGAAGGAGAUGAAAGGGAAGAUGGUGGAUGAAGAGGAGGAAGGUGCAGAAGGGCAGGUGGGGGACGAGGAGGAGGAAGCGGAGAAGAAGAAAGAGGAGGGUGAGGAGGAAGGGAAGGAGUUGGAGACAGUCACAGGGGGGGGGCAGGGAGGGAAGAACAAACAGAAGCUCAUGAAAGAUGCAGCCGAGGAGGAGGAUGGGGAGGGGGAGGAGGCAGGAGGCGCGAAGGAGGGUGAGGAGGAGGAGGAAGAGGAAGAAUUGGAGGAAGGUGAAGAGAUGGAGGUGGAUGGGGACGCAUCUGGAGCCAUGGAUUCUAGCUUCGUUUCCAUGAAAUGGAAAGAGGAGGUGAAGGAAACGGCGCGUUUGCGAGAGGCAGAUGGGGAGAAGGAAGAGGGAGAAGCGGAAGAGGAAGGAGCAGGAGAGGGGGAGAACGCUGCUGGCGGCGCGAGGGAGAAGGUGUGGACCGAGAUCGAAUUAGAGCGCAUGCGAGCUGAGGUAGAAGCGCAGAUGCAGCGUAUGCGGGAGAGCGAGGAGGGCCGGCAGAAGCUCGAAGCGGCGCGCGACGCAUGGCGCAAAUACGAGCUGCUGUGCAGCGGUGCCUCUCAGGAGCUAGCAGAGCAGCUGCGGCUCAUUCUAGAACCUUUCAUGGCCACCAAACUGCAAGGAGACUACCGGUCUGGGAAGAGAAUCAACAUGAAGAAGGUGAUCCCGUACAUUGCGAGCGGGUUCAAGCGGGAUAAAAUCUGGUUAAGGAGAACCCGCCCGGAUAAGCGCAAGUACCAGGUGGUUCUUGCUAUUGAUGACUCGAGAAGCAUGUCGGAGGCGCGGUGCGGGCACUUAGCGCUUGAAGCAAUGGCCACGAUUUGCCGAGCGAUGUCGACGAUCGAGGUUGGGGAGAUCGGGGUCGUUGCUUUCGGCGAGCCUGGCAACGUGCGCAUGCUGCAUGAGUUGGAUCGGCCGUUCUCCCCCGAAGCAGCCGUUCAGGUCAUCUCGCAAUUUUCCUUCAAGCAGGACAACACGAUUGCAGAUGAGCCAAUGGUGGAGCUGCUGCGGUUUCUGUCUGGGGCGCUGGACUCUGCUGCUAUGAGAUACUCUACGAGUGCGGGCACGGGAGGAGGCGGGCAUCUGGAGCAGCUGGUGCUGAUUGUGGCGGAUGGACGGUUCCAUGAGAAGGAGACCCUAAGGCGCACAGUGCGGCAUGCCAUGGGCAAGGGGCAGCUGCUGGCCUUCAUUCUGCUCGACAGCCCUUCUGAAUCCAUCCUUGACAUGCAGUCCGUGUCAUUCUCAGACGGGGUCCCAGCCUUCUCAAGCUACCUCGACUCCUUCCCCUUCCCCUACUACAUCCUGUUGAGGGACAUCCACGCGCUCCCUCGCACGCUGGCAGGCCUGCUUAGACAGUGGCUUGAGUUCGCUAGAAGCAGAGGGCAGUAG